AUAUUUGGUGAAAAAAGUUCUUACUAAAGUGGGCUCCUUAACCCGGCCCAUGGAAGAGCCCAUUCCUGGGAUCCAAUUAUAAUUAGAGUAAAUGAAAUAAAAACUUGUUGCUCAAGCCAUACACAACCAAUUCCUCUCUAUUUCACAAGACCUUACAGCCUAGAUAAGAGCUUUGGAUCGAGGAUAUGGCAGCAGAAAAUGUCCAAAAUGAUAAGUCACCAUCCCCUGUUACUCCAAAUCCAGCUGCUACUUCAUGUAGGAAGAAGAAGAGCGAACAAGCGUCUUUUCUAGAAGAUAUCAAGGAUCACAUGGAUGAAUUCAUUCAUGCUUCCAUGGAUGAACACAAAACCUGCUUCAAGAAGACCGUCCAAAAGAUGUUUGGCAUGUCAAAAGUUGUUGCAGAAAGGAAUGCUGAGGCUAAAGAGGUUGAGAGUUCACUGCCACUGCAAACAACACUAGCUAAAUAGGAUGUUUUGGCACCUCUUGAAAUGACAGGCUAUGACAUAUGACUAUUCACUGUGCUAUCAAUGGAUAUUUUUUACUUGUAAAUUUCACUUUCUUACAUCCAUUGAAAUGGAUGGAUUCUGUAGAGUAUUGUGCCUUUUGCCCCAAUGAACUAGUCUGUGGGAUCAGGAAUAUGAAAGAGUGACUGGAAGGCUAUUAAAACUA